ACCCCUGUACCCAUUUCGAACAAAACAUAUGUUCACCAUAAAUUAAAACAAAACAAAAAAACAAAGAAAGAAAAAAAAAAAAAGAGCUUUGUUAACUGGUUUUGAGUCGAAAAAAAUGGGAACUAAAAUUUUACGAGUUAUGUUCAUAGCUCUGUGCCUCUUUGCCUUUGAUCAAGUACUCGUUGAUGCAAAGAUUUCAAGGAGUAUGUAUAUUAAUUGGGGUCAACAACAUGCAUCUAUUUCAGGAGAUGGUGAAGAUCUUCAGCUUGUUCUCGAUCAAACUUCAGGGUCUGCUGCUCAAUCAAAGAGAGGUUUCUUAUUUGGUAGCAUUGAAAUGCUCAUCAAGUUGGUACCUGGAAAUUCUGCAGGAACUGUUACAGCCUACUAUCUAACCUCUAGUGGUGACAAACAUGACGAGAUCGAUUUCGAGUUCUUAGGAAACGUCUCGGGACAACCUUACAUUAUCCACACAAACCUCUACACACAAGGCAAAGGAAGCAAGGAGCAGCAAUUCUACCCCUGGUUUGAUCCAACAGCUGAUUUCCACAACUACACCAUUCAUUGGAACCCUACUGAGAUUGUGUGGUACGUUGAUAGUUUGCCAAUUCGAGUUUUUCGAAACUAUGAAAAUCAGGGCAUUGCAUACCCCAACAAGCAAGGGAUGAAGGUUCACACAAGCUUAUGGAAUGCAGAUAAUUGGGCAACCAGAGGUGGCUUGGUGAAGAUAGACUGGAACAACUCGCCAUUCACAGCUAGGUUCCGCCGAUUCAGAGGAAAGGCCUGCAAGUGGAAUGGACCUGUGAGCAUUGGCCAAUGUGCCUCUAAUACCCCAGGAAACUGGUGGACUUCCCCUGUUUACAAGCAGUUGAGCAAUGCUCAGAAGGGUCAGCUGAAUUGGGUGAGAAGUCAGCACAUGAUCUAUGAUUACUGCAAACAUACUAAAAGGUUCAAUGGUCAGAUGCCACCAGAAUGUUCAAAGCAGCAAUUUUAAGUAAGAUGACACAUAAUGACCAUACAGAUAUACAUAACAGUAACACCGGACUCUAAUGAUUUGUUAUGCUGCUGAAUGAAGUUUUCACUUUCUCUCCAAUUCCAAACUGAAAAACAAAUUCUCAUUAGUUUUGCUACUACUUUUGUAUUGCUUUUGUUGGGGGUAAUUUCUACUCCUAAACUGAAAGAUCAAAUUGAUUUAUUAUGUAUUUGAGAUUAAUUCAUUUUAAUCUCAUUCUUGUAUUCGAGACCCUUAUUUUUUCUGUAUUAUUUUUUUUAAAAAAAAAAAUGGAAGGAAUCCACUUGGUCACUCCAAGUUAACUGU